ACAAAGGAGCUGGGUGAAAGGAAAUUGAUUUUCAUUCUCUGGGGAUCUUAAAAAAAAAAAAAAUCAUUCCUCUUCAAUUCCCAAUUUGUGACAAGAGGAGUGAGCUACAAGUCCCCCAUGCCUCCCACCGUUAAUUUACAGCAGUAGGUUUACACUAAGGAAAGGCCAGGUGGAAGCUUUCAGAUGUUACUUUCCAAUAACUUAAUGGAGGCCAGGCUUUAUAAAAUGAGAAAAAGCAGAGAUGCAAUAGCAGGGAACACAUCUAGAGUCUUUAGUCUAUGAAUAAUUUUGAGAAAAAGUAAAAAACCCAAAAUCUUGGAAUUAACUUUGGUGAAAUUACCUUUGAAUUGGAAGAGAUGUGGGUUUCUUCCAAAAUGACAAUUCAGAACUUUUUUUUGCUCUGAGGCCCAGAUGAAGCUGGGAUUCACUUUUGGUUGGUCAUUUGGCGCUUACAGCUUCCUUGAUGGAAAUUCACAUUAUUGCCUGUGUGGGUUAGAUUUGCAGUCAGAUGUAUCUUGCAGUAAGUAUGUUUUAACAGGAGGUUAUUGUAUUUGACACAUUUGAAAAGGUUAGGUACCUCUGAUAAUUUUCUUUAUAUUCCUCCAAAGUUGGUCGGUGUGAUUAUGUUUGGACUGAAGUUAGUUAUUGCAGAAAGCAAGUUCUUGUGCACAUAUGUGAGAGAUUCCCUAGGGUACCUGCUUAUGAAUGAAAUUGCUGCAUCAAAAGGAAUUUCUUCACAUGGCUUCUGAAGAAGUGACCAUUACAGUUCGUCUCAUUCGUUCAUUUGAACAUCGCAAUUUCAGACCUGUAGUAUAUCAUGGAGUUCAUUUGGACCAAACCGUAAAGGAAUUUAUAGUAUUUCUUAAGCAAGAUAUCCCUUUGAAGACCAGCCUGCCACCACCAUUCAGAAAUUAUGAAUAUGAUAAACUAAAGAUUGUUCAUCAAGCACAUAAAUCAAAGACAAACGAACUUGUGUUAAGUUUGGAAGAUGAUGACAAACUCCUUUUAAAAGAAGACAGCACCCUGAAAGCAGCUGGAAUCGCCAAUGAAACUGAAAUUGCAUUCUUCUGUGAAGAAGACUAUAAGAACUACAAGGCUAAUCCCAUUUCAUCCUGGUGAAAACCUCAUGGGGCUUCCUUUUUGCAUACUUGUAUUAAGCUCUUUAUUCCACUAGUGAGUUUUUGAAAUUGACAGAUAAACUGAAAAAAAAUUAAUCCCAGGCUCUGCCAUUUGAUGUAAAAUCUGUAAAAAUAAAAUGCUUUUAUUUUUUUUAA